AAUUGGGUGACCGAAAAAAAAAAAAAAAAAAAAAAAAAAAGUGCUCGGCAGCAAGGCGUGGAAAUGAAAAACAAAGACCAUUAAACGCUGACUGCAACUUUGUGAGACUGCGAGAAAACACAGAGAGAAAACUGCUUCAACUUCCAUUUUCUCGUAUUUUCUCUCUUGGAUUUUCCUUUUCGUUUUGCCUCCCCCACCCCCCCCCCCCCCCCCCCCCAAAAAAAAAAAAAAAAAAAAAAAGAAAAAACGAAGAAAUUGAUAGCGGGGAGUGAGAGACUUUUGAGAAUUGAGAUGCUAUAGUGUGGCGCAUCCAAAUACGAAUCCAAGGCUGAAACCAAAAUUUCGUAGAUCUGAUCCCUCACUCACCACCGUCUGAUUGUUCCAUUUUGGAGCGCCAUCCACUGGAUCAGAGAUGCCGGUGGCUGCUUCCGCCAUUUACUUCUUGAACCUUCGAGGCGAUGUUCUCAUCAAUCGCCUCUAUCGAGAUGACGUCGGGGGAAAUAUGGUGGAUGCUUUCCGAACCCAUAUAAUGCAAACAAAAGAACUUGGUACUUGCCCUGUGCGGCAGAUAGGCGGAUGCUCUUUCUUUUACAUGAGAAUAAGCAACGUCUACAUCGUGAUUGUUGUUAGCAGCAAUGCAAAUGUAGCUUGUGCAUUCAAGUUUGUUGUUGAGGCUGUUGCGUUGUUCAAAUCUUAUUUUGGUGGGGCUUUUGAUGAAGAUGCAAUUCGUAAUAAUUUUGUUCUGAUUUAUGAGCUGUUGGAUGAAAUUAUGGAUUUUGGUUACCCGCAAAAUCUUUCUCCAGAAAUUUUAAAGCUCUACAUCACUCAGGAAGGCGUGCGCUCGCCAUUUUCAUCCAAGCCUGCAGAUAAACCUGUUCCUAAUGCAACUCUACAAGUUACGGGUGCUGUUGGUUGGCGGAGAGAGGGCCUUGUUUAUAAAAAGAAUGAGGUCUUUUUGGAUAUUGUGGAAAGUGUAAAUCUUCUUAUGUCUUCAAAAGGUAGUGUUCUGCGUUGUGAUGUAACUGGAAAGAUCUUAAUGAAGUGCUUCCUUUCUGGAAUGCCUGAUUUGAAGUUGGGUUUGAAUGAUAAAAUUGGCCUUGAGAAAGAGUCACAACUUAAAGCCCGACCAACCAAAAGUGGUAAAACCAUUGAGCUUGAUGAUGUUACCUUCCAUCAAUGUGUAAACUUGACAAGGUUUAAUUCAGAGAAGACUGUUAGUUUUGUGCCACCUGAUGGUGAAUUUGAAUUGAUGAAGUACCGUAUUACUGAGGGUGUGAAUCUUCCAUUUCGGGUUUUGCCUACUAUUAAGGAACUUGGUAGAACACGCAUGGAAGUAAACGUUAAGGUGAAGAGUGUUUUUGGUGCAAAGAUGUUUGCUCUUGGGGUUGUCAUCAAAAUCCCUGUACCAAAACAAACGGCAAAAACAAGUUUUCAGGUUACAUCUGGUCGUGCAAAAUACAAUGCCUCCAUUGAUUGCUUAGUUUGGAAGAUUAGAAAAUUUCCUGGACAAACUGAGCCAACCAUGAGUGCAGAAGUUGAGCUGAUUUCCACAAUGCAAGAAAAGAAGUCAUGGACAAGGCCACCAAUUCAGAUGGAGUUUCAGGUUCCAAUGUUUACAGCAUCUGGUUUACGAGUCCGUUUUCUUAAGGUAUGGGAGAAAAGUGGCUACAACACAGUCGAGUGGGUUCGCUAUAUCACAAAGGCUGGUUCAUAUGAAAUCAGGUGCUAGAAACUUUUGAAAUACUGCAGUGGGACUUGAGGAAUGAGAUUGGAGAUUGAAGAUUACAUAUUUGAUAUUCAAACAGACUUGGAAAAUUUGUUGCGAGACUUUUGGUCUAAACAAAGAUAAAAAUUACUAGGAAAUUUUUUAUUGGUUGGUAGUGUUGCCUGCCUCGAUAUGAUUGGUUGUGGUGUAUACCUUCGUUUGAUAAUAUUCUGUUGUAAAUGCUAGCCCAUUUUUCUUUUCAAACUUAUGAAAAGUGUUCAUUUCUUUUACCA